AUGAAACAAGUGAAAUUGAAGUCGUGCGCAGGUUGUGGCAUUUCACACAAUAGAGAACAAUGCAAAUUUCGUAAAGUGAUAUGUAAUAAAUGUGCCAAAAAGGGACACAUUGCUGUAGUUUGUAUGUCAAAUCAGAGCAGAAGUAUUAGAAAAAGCACAACGAUUCCAGAGCGAAAAUGGAAUCAAAACAAACAAGAAAAUGAACAAUAUGUUAGUACCAUGGAUGCAGUGAACAUUGUAAAUGGCAUAAUAGAAGUUGAAGCAAAUAAAAAGUGUAUCAAUUUAGAAAUUUUUAACAAAGUAAUACGGUUUCAAUUAGAUUCGGGCGCAACCGUUUCAAUAAUCAAUUUAAAGACGUAUAACAUAUUGAAUAGACUGAAAUUACAACAGUGUACAAAAACAUUAUAUGCAUUUGGUCAGCAGCCUAUUCCAAUAUUAGGUGAAUUGCACACUAAAGCAAAGUGUGGAAAUAAGCAAAAGAGUAUUGCUGUAAUAGUUGCAAAUGUAGAAAAUGCUAAUAAUCUAUUUGGGCUAGAUUUAUUCAAAAAAUUCGGUUUUGAAAUCACGCAAAUUGAUAACGUAGUUGAUAAAGGUGAAUACAUCAAACAAAUUGAAGAUUUAUGCAAUAAAUACGAAACAGUAUUUGACAAUACGAAUGCUGGCGUGAUAAAACAAUUUAAAGCAAGUAUACGCAUGCAGACCACUGCCAUACCAAAAUUUUAUAAAAGCAGGCAAAUACCAUUCGCGCAAAUGUCAAAAUUCCGUGAGGAAGCAGAUAGGCUUAUUAAUACCGGAAUUUGGAAACCAGUUAAAUUUAGUAACUGGGCGUCACCAAUCGUCUUAGCACCAAAACCAGAUGGGUCGAUGGAGUUGGAUGAAGAUUCCAAACAAAUAAUGGUAGUCAAUACACCUUUAGGAUUGUUCCAGUAUCAACGACUUCCAUAUGGUAUUGCCAGCGCACCCGCAAUUUUUCAGCGUUAUCUUGAACAACUCCUCAACGGUAUAAAAGGAUGUGGAAAUUAUUUGGAUGACAUUAUUAUAACCGCACCGUCAUUACAAGAACAUGUAAAUCGAGUAGAACAAGUAAUCAAAAUUCUUGAAGAAAACGGUAUCAAGUGCAAAAAGGAAAAAUGUUUCUUUUUGAAGGAAGAAAUUGAGUACUUGGGUAGAAGAGUAAGCGCUAAGGGAAUCCUUCCAGACUAUUCAGGAAUUCAAGCAGUUAAGCAACUGAAACCACCUAUGAAUAUAGCACAACUAGAAGCUUUUAUAGGUAAAGUGAAUUACUAUUGCAAUUUUAUUCCGAAUUUUUCUCAGUUAGCCGCUCCACUAAAUAAGUUACGCCGCAAAAAUGUACAUUUUACAUGGGGCUUAGAGCAGCAACAAGCUUUUAAAGCUCUUAAAUUACAUAUAAUUAAUGCUACGCAGUUAGCACAUUUCAAUGAACAAUUACCAAUUACGCUAGCAACCGACGCCUAA